AUGGCCCUCGACGCGGUGUCUGCUCCCACAGUGAAGGAAAUAGACUGUGUCAAAUUCCUGAAACAGGAGCUCCCCUCCUCAUUGCUGGACCCCGAAGAUGCAGGAUUUUUAACAGAGGCAACGUACCUGCGCUUUGCCCGGGCCCGCAACGCCGACAAAAAAAAGGCCUCAACCAUGCUUCGGAGCUGCUUGGAGUGGCGGAAGGAGUUUAGGCCAUACAAGGUGAGUUUCGAUGAGGUGGAGAGGGCGAUGCAGCAGCUCACUACCACUGUCGCUGGAUGCAGCCUCAAGGGGGAGCCAGUUGUCGUUAUGUCCAUUGGAGCCCCAAAUCCCUGCGAGGUGGAGGAGCGUGUCAAACAAAUUGUGUACAUCUUGGAGGAGGCCAUGCGACGAGGCGAUGAACGUCUUACGUGGAUCAUUGACUUUGCACAGAUGGGCAAACAUCCCCGCGAUCCGCGGAGCUCGGGGGCGCGGAAGGCCACGAUGAAGAUCAUGCAGGACUACUACCCUGAGAUGUUGGGCACCCUAUUGGUCUAUCGCUCACCGUGGUAUAUACGUUUUCUCUACACUGCGGUGAGGCCCUUCAUGGAUGCGCGUACCCGAAAGAAAGUGCUCUUUUUGGGUCACGAGGAAAAGUUGCUGCUGCUGCAUGUUGCCAAAGAUCAACUCCCCACGAGCCUUGGCGGAACAUACAGCAAUAAAGAUCAUAAAACAUUGUGGGAGUAA